AUAGCAACACUUUGGAGCAGCAGGAGACGGAGAGGGAUCGUUUUAUGCGCUUAUUGGGGACGAAAAGAGAUAGAUCACUCCAAACAGACUUGCAGGAAUCAUGGGGAGUGUGUUCCUGCCAGCGGAUGCGGCCCACUCGGUGCUGCGCCGGCUGCGCAGGGCCAACUUCUUGUUGGAGGAGAUGAAGCAGGGUAAUAUCCAGCGGGAGUGCCGCGAGGAGAUCUGCACCUAUGAGGAAGCCCGCGAGGCUUUUGAGAAUGACGAGAAGACGAGACGGUUCUGGGAGGAAUAUGUGCGGGAGAGCAGUCCAUCUGGAGGGCUGGAGACAGUGGUCGGUGGAGUCCACUCUCUCUACUUGAUCGUCCCAUUGCUGCUCGUUGUGCUCAUCGUUGCCGCCGUUGCCAUCACUGUGUGGCGCUGCCACUCCCGCAAGCGCUCACAGCGCAGCCCCAGCCUUGGGCACUCACAUCACGACCACGUCCUGUCAGUGGUCUCUAUGGACCAUUGGGGGAGGGAUUACCAUGGUGACCAAUCAGAACUCAGCAUCCACAGCAGCCCAGCUUAUCCAGGCUCAGAGCUGACAUCAGGGAGAGGAAGCGCUGGAGACCCGCCACCAUCUUAUGACGAGGCUGUGGGCCAUGCAGACGUCCAAAUAGAGACGGAGCCACCGCCAAAAUAUGAGGAUAUAGUCAACACCAGCACUAACCUUCACUAAGGCCAUCUAAUUGUUUAGCAGCGCCACUGUGUUGGUAUCACCAGCCUUUCCCAUUCAACACACUGAAACACUAACUGUCUGGUCAAUGGACUAAAGCAAUCUUUGCCGGAGCCAGCGCUGUUGAAAUAUGCACUAACCUUUCAUCAUUGCGGUGAAGUGAUAGCAGGAAGGAGCAAAUGAUACUGCACCAAAACCAACCAACACCUCUGCUGAUUUUCCUCAAGUUGCAUCUAUGCUGUCACACAGUAGCAAACAUUUAACUCAGCAAACAUAAGAAAUUAAGCAUGUGGUGUAAAGAGGAAAAAAAGGAUUCUGAUUGCCAUAAUGAGAACUGUUCUAAAAGUUUAUGGGUUGGACCGAUGCUUUAAUGAAGGUUAGUACCAUUUUUUUUUUUUUUUUUUUAAUUAAGUGGCCAGAAGCAGAAAUUGUGCUAUUUUUAAGUUCUAUACAUUUAGAAUUUUGUAUAUUGCAAAAAUGUUGAUUUGCAAGAUUCAGAAACAGCAUUUAGACCACAAAAUAAUUUAAUGGAAACCCAGACUAAGGAAAGUAGCAUUAAGUGAUUUUUGAACACCAGGGGCAGAAAGAAUCAAAAACAAACUACAAUCAAGUUUAUAAUUUCCUUUCACUAAGCUGUAAACAUGUAUCUACUCACACACCCAGCAGACACAGAGCAACAACAUGUUUAUCCCACUGAAGUUUCUUCCCACUGUUUGCAACCAGCUGACUUGAGUCCGAUAUUUAGUUGUUAGUGGUGUUGUUUGUUUGACUCCUGAGAGAAAUAUUUGGGUCUCAAAAAGUUUGUCACCACUCAUUUACUUCAACUCUUUACUGUUUCAUGCUUGGCUUGUUAGCUGUAAAUAAUAAAUAAAUGUAAAUGGCUGCCCCCAGUUUUAUAUUAAGGGUUAAAAGUGGGGACCAAACCAUUUAGUAAAUGAUCAGGCUACAGGACCGAACCAAUUAGUCAACACUCUGCUCAGUUGCAUGUUAAUACUUUCAAUAUUUUUAUUUAAAUUUUCAUUGUCUGUAUCAAAAAUAUCACUUAAUGCAGAUUUAAAUAGUCAAGUUGCCAAACAAAUGCAUCGGUCCAACUUCAGUAUACACUUGCGAUUAUUUUGAAUUUCAAAUGUUCCCAUUUGCGUGCGGAAAUGUGUUUUGUGAAUGUGUGUCACGUGCAAAUAUUUUAGUAAUGCUUGCAUCUUGGUCUGUACACCUGAGGUUGGAUCUGGUUCUGCACCGUUGGUUGAGGGUCAGUGCUCACUGGGCCACUGACGGUUGCUCAGCGUCCGCUUUAACUGUGAAAAUCUUUCCCUAACUUUUCUCUUAAAGCAAAUGUAACCACGUUGGAUAUGACUACAGAGUCUUCUGCUAUGCCACUUUCACUAAAAGCACACAAUUCUUCUAAUAGGUUUGCAGCUACACUAUUAAUGUAAGUUGUGGAGUGACUUGCACAGGAAAGUGGGACAGAAAGCAUUAGAAACAGAACCUUUGAGAAAAGUUGUCAGAGGGGAAAGAUUCUGUAUUUAACGUCACUAUGGAAGAGUUCAUGUUAGCAUGUGUGAUGUACCUGUAUAUAAAUAUGUAUAGUCUGUGUGUGUGAAAGUAAGUUACAGUUUGUUUUUUACUGCACAGGAUUGCGGUGAAUGCAUUGAUACUAGUGUAACUAUUAUACUGUAGCUCGUGAAUAAAUGAUGGCACUUUGUGUUAAAGCUCAAAAUGAGCUUUUUGAUGGAAACUAGGACAGUCGGGUGUGACACCUUCAGUGUCACUCUGAGCCAUAAUAAUGUCACUGUAAAUGAAAAAUACUGCUCAUACUCUAUAUGCAAUGUUGCUGCAUACUCUAAAAACCAAAUAUAUCUAAUGUUCAUGGAUACUGAUAAAUGUUACACUUCCUGUCUACACCUCACAAACUUCAAGCACUGAUUAUUAUUCUGACCUGUGAACCUCAGCACUUGCUAUGACCAAGAGGAGUUGUGCUGGUGGGAGUAGCCAUUGUGGUUAGGUCAGUUGUAAUGUUACUUGCAGAGCCCUUUUUUUUUUUUUUUUUUUUUUUUUUUUUUUUUUUUUUUUACAAUGCCUUAUUAAACAAAGUGUUAUAUAACAUUAAAUGCAAGGGAACUUGUUAUAAAUCCUUUAUUUGCAAAAGCUUGAAUUAAUUUGUAAUAAAACAUUUAAAAUGUG